GAAGGAGAGUUGGUGAAAUCGGUUGUUCGAGAAGUGUUGAGCGAGCUGAUUAGAAAGUUUGAGUUGGAUAUUCCCGAGAAUUUGGUCGGAAUUGGUAGUCAAGUGGAGGAGGUUAUGAAAUCCGUGCGUAAUAAUUCUCAUGCCACCCUGUUUGUUGGUAUCCAUGGAAUGGGAGGCAUUGGUAAGACAACUCUUGCUAAAACCAUCUAUAACCAGCUCUUGAAUCAAUUUGAGUAUCAUAGCUUCAUUGCUGAUAUUAGGGAGAAAUAUAAGAAUGGCGUUGAGUGCUUGCAUAAUCAGUUGAUCCAUGAUAUACUGAAGGAAGAAAAUCUAGUUCGUAAUAGGGAUGAAGGGAUUAAGCUCGUCUCAUCCCGCUUUAAAGAUAAGAAAGUGCUGAUUCUCCUCGAUGACGUGGAUGCUGAUUCUCACUUGGAGGAUUUGGCCGGAAAUCGUGAUUGGUUUUCUUCGGGAAGUGUGAUCCUUAUUACCACAAGAGACAAGAGUAUUCUUGACAAUGCUGAGGUGGAUUGUGACUAUGAACUUGAGGAGAUGGAUAUGGAUACAUCUUUGAUCCCGUUUAGUAGACAUGCGUUCGGAAAGGAUGCUCCUCCUAGUGAAUUUGAGGUCCUCACUCGUGAUGUUGUAUCCUCCACCGGAGGGCUUCCCUUAUCUCUGGAGGUUUUGGGUUCAUUUUUGCGCAAUAAAGAACCCGAAGUAUGGGAAGAUACGAUAAAACAGUUAAGAAAUGUCCCGGAUAAGGAAGUGCAAAAAACGCUAAGGAUAACGUAUGAUGCAUUGGAGGAUGAACAACAGCAGAUAUUUUUGGAUAUCGCUUGUUUUUUUAUUGGCACCGAUUUGAGAAUGGCAUCCUACAUGUGGGACGCUUGUGGCUUUUACCCAAAGAAGGGGAUUGUAGUAUUGAGAUUAAUGUCGUUAAUCAAAGUUGGAGAGAAUCAUGAGCUCGGAAUGCAUGAUCAAUUACGAGAUCUUGGUCGGGAAAUCGUCCGCCAGGAAGACAAGAAGAAGCCUGGGAAUCGCAGCCGGUUAUGGGACUCCAAGGAAGUCAUGGAAGGGCUAGAGGAAGAUGAGGGAACAAGAAAGAUUGAGGCCAUUUCUUGCUCAAAAUCCCGUUCUUGUCGAGAUGGAGAUGACGAUAUCGGGAUCGGGCAACAUUUUGACAAUAUCCUCAAAGGCGAGCAAUUCAAGAAAUUAAAGAACCUGAGGUUCCUUGAUGCGAGGGGGGCACAUCUUACUGGACAUUUUAAGAACCCAACUAAGAAUUUAAAAUGGCUUCAAUGGCAUGGUUCUCCCUCAACUUUUGAAGCAAACAAUUUUGAUGCAAAGGAAUUAGUUGUACUCCAUUUGUCCUCUAGAAAGUUAUCAGAUACAUGGCCAAGAUGGAGUUCCAUCAAGGUGGCAAAGAAGCUGAAAUAUCUUAACCUUAUAGGCUGUGAAUCUUUAGAAAAAACUUCCUUCCUCUCAUAUUUUGAGAAUUUAGAGGUUCCGAUUCUCAGAUAUUGUCGGAAGCUAAAGCAAAUUGACUCUUCGAUUGGAAAAAUGAAGAGUAUGGUACGCUUGGACUUGACGGUAUGCGUGGAGCUCAAGAGGCUUCCAAGAGAAGUGAGUAAAUUAGAAGCACUGGAGCAACUCCUUCUACGGGAAUCUGGAAUAGAAGAAUUACCAGAGAGCAUAGGGGAUCUGCAGAAUCUAGAAAUUCUGGAUAUUGCUCACACUGGGAUAAAAGAAUUACCCGAUGGCAUUGGAAGGCUGAGAAAGCUCCGAAAUUUAAAUGCUUCAUGUUGCGGCCUCAAUACGUUGGAGUCCUUGGAAGAGAUAAAUAUCUGGGAGUGCGCUUCAAUUAAGAGGCUGAACCUUCCAAAAUCCAAGGGUCUGAAGAUAUUCCACACUACAUACUGCAAAAGCUUGGUUGAAAUUCAAGGCCUCGAUACGUUGGAGUCCUUGGAAAAGAUAGAUAUCUCUUGGUGCGCUUCAAUUGAGAGGCUGAACCUUUCAAAAUCCAAGGGUCUGAAAAUAUUCAAAGCUACAAACUGCGAAAGGUUGGUUGAAAUUCAAGGCCUCGAUACGUCGAAGUCCUUGAAAGAGAUAGAUAUCUUUGGAUGCGCUUCAAUUGAGAGGCUGAACCUUCCAAAAUCCAAGGUUUUGAAGUUGUAUGCUGGAUCUUGCAAAAAAUUAUUCGAAAUUCAAGGUCUCGACGGGUUGAAGUUCUUGAAAGUGCUAAAUCUGUCCGGGUGCACUUCCUUUGGAAGGUUACCAAAUAUAUGUUGCUUUGAUACCUUGCAGAAGUUGGCAAUCAACAGUUGCGACAACCUUCAUGAUAUUCAGGGCCUAGUGAGAUUCCCAUCCUGCACAAGUUUAUGGAUUGAGGAUUGCAAUUCCUUAGCAAACUUCCCAAACUUGUCAAAUUUUCCUAAUUUGUGGAAAUUGUACCUAUCAAAUUGCCAUGGAUUUCGGGAGAUCCCGUGGCUUGUGGAGUCAACGUCUCUAUUUUAUAUUGCCAUCUCAGGAUUUUCCUCGGUCGAGAUCUUACCUGAUUUGUCAUCAUGUACCAACUUGUUCUUUCUGGAUGUGCGAAAUUGUGAGAAACUAACUGAGCUUCAGGGGCUUGAGAAAUUGGAGCACCUAAGGAAGUUGAACAUUUAUGGCUGCAAGUCACUCAAGAUAAUACCAGAGUUACCUGGAAUUCAGGUUUGUCGAAAGUAUGAAGAAAAUACAUCUGACUCAUAUCAAUUGAGGAGAGAAUUUGGAGAAGACCGACAGUGUUGA